CUGGAGAGUUUCUAGGCUGCUAAUCUGCGGAUAAGGGCAAUUCUUGGCCAAGCCUACUUCUUAACUGCGUGUGUAAUCUUCGUCCUGCUCCUACUGCUGUGACCACGCACCUUCAGUAAUCUGUAAGGAGGACCCACCCUCUUUCCAGACAAGGAGGCACCUUUUCAUUUAAAUUCCUUAGCUCUUUAGACUUGUCGGACAGUAGGCUGCCCUAAAAACGGCAGAUGAAAUCUUAGGCACCAAAAAGUUAUCAGGAAAACCUUUUCCUUGAGAGCCCUCUGUCUGAUUAUUCAUAUUAGCUGUUAUUUGGCGGAAACAGCACUACACUUUUUAAAAAAAGUUCCGGCUUUGCCACCUCGUAGCGGUGAACCUUGGGCUAAUCAUUUACCUUCCCUGGGCUCUUAGUGUCCUCACUGGCAAAAUGGGAACGUUUCACAGGGGUGUCGUGGAGCUGACAUUGUCAGCUGGAAAGCACUUUGCAAACUUCAUUGGGAUUGUAGGGUAAAUGAGCCGGGAGGGUGUCCUGAUUCUUCUCUGAAUGUUUCAAAGGUAAAGGGUCAUUAAACACUGAGAUUUGAUUUGGUCAGUUUGUUUCAGCUGGGUCUCUCGGAAAGGUGCGGAAAUCCUUGUGAUAACAGGGGGCUAAAACUGAGGGUGUCAGCUAGAGGACUUUUUGCCCACGGGGGGUCCUGGGGAAUUCUGAUUCCUGUUGGGGAGUUGCAGGGAAUCCGGUCCCAGGCUGAUGUGGCCCUGGGGCGGUGCUUUGGGAAGAAGAAUCACUGCAAGGUGGUUUCAACACUCGCUUCCCAGGCAAGUCUAAAGCCUCUUUUAAAACGGGUGUGUGGGGGCCAAACCCAAAGCAGCCUGGGACAUUUCAGGCUGGCACCACCUCCUCUGGCUGUUUCCGAGGCCAUCUAGAGGCCAGAGCCCAGUUAGAUCCACUGAAAAGUACAGAGGGGACUGCAGAGUUUGGGGCCUUUGUGCAGACGUGCCCUAGUGUAGAGGGCGGGAGCGAGGGAAAGAAGGAGGGCGUUGGGAGCUGAGGCCCCACCUUUCAUUUCUGCAAAGUGCACCGGCAGAGCAGGAUGAGUCACGGGCAUAGGUAAGGGACUUGGACUCCUCUGUCUGGGAAAACGCUGUGCUCGCUCCUCCUAGAGUGGCCUUGGCAGGGUGUUGGAGCCCUUGGUCUGCCCGGUCUGGUCUCUGGGGCCAGGGCUGGGUUUCCCUCAUGUAUGGCAAGAGCCCUACUCGUGUGGUGCUGCUUCUCCUUGGCAUACAGCUCACAGCUCUUUGGCCCAUAGCAGCUGUGGAAAUUUAUACUCCCCGGGUGCUGGAGGCUGUUAAUGGGACAGAUGCUCGGUUAAAAUGCACCUUCUCCAGCUUUGCCCCCGUGGGUGAUGCUCUAACAGUGACCUGGAAUUUCCGUCCUCUAGAUGGAGGGCCUGAGCAGUUUGUAUUCUACUACCACGUGGAUCCUUUCAAACCCAUGAGUGGGCGGUUUAAGGACCGAGUGGUCUGGGAUGGGAACCCUGAGCGGAAUGACGUCUCCAUCAUGCUCUGGAAACUGCAGUUCGAUGACAAUGGGACAUACACCUGCCAGGUGAAGAAUCCACCCGAUGUUGACGGGGUGAUAGGGGAGAUCCGGCUCAGCGUCGUGCACACUGUUCGCUUCUCUGAGAUCUACUUCCUGGCUCUGGCCAUUGGCUCUGCCUGUGCAAUAAUGGUCAUAAUAGUAAUCGUGGUGGUCCUCUUCCAGCAUUUCCGGAAAAAGCGAUGGGCUGAAAGAGCUCAUAAAGUGGUGGAGAUAAAAUCAAAAGAGGAGGAAAGGCUCAACCAAGAAAAAAAGGUCUCUGUUUAUUUAGAAGACACAGACUAACAUUUUUAGAUGGAAGCUGAAGAUUUCCAAGAACAAGAACUCUAGUAUUUCUUGAAGUUAAUGGAGACUUUCUUUGGCUUUUCCAUUUGUGACCUGUCUUCCAACCAAUUCUGCAGCACAUAUCCACCUAGAUAAGCAACAUUCCUCUAGAGCCAGCGUAGAGUUAUUCUUGGGCAGGUACCACCAGACUCGCAUACAACCUCAUUAUUAAGGUUUUACUUAAUUUCAGAGUGCAGAUAUUUUUCAAAUGCUCAUUAGCUUUUGUAAACUAAGAAACUACAUUUUUGCCCUUAAACACUCCUUAUAGAUUAUGACUUGUAUAUACAUGUAUUGGCAUUAAAGGGGCUAGAAGCCUAAUUGUCUGUCAUGACAUUUCCUUUCACAUAUUAGUUUCCUUAGAGGAACACUCUUACUACUAAAGUUAAUGUGUUUACUCUCUUUCCUUCCUACAUUUUCCAUUAAAAGGUGAGCUAAGUCUCCCAACUGUUUUUGACUGAUUAACAGUAAAUUCUAAAUUCAAACUGUUAAAGAACAUUUUGAUUAUUAUGGCUCCCCUUAAGUAUGGUACACAUCUUGUUGUAUUGAAUUUCUUUUAAUAUCCCAGGUGAUAGGUUUUGCUGCUGUUGUUGUCAAUUAAUACAAGGUUUACAAGGCUAAAUCAUACAGUAACUACAAAAGGUUACAUGAAUGCUAACAGAUUGGCAAAUGCCACCUCAGGAUGGAUUACUUGUUACCUUUUUUCUAUGUUGCAAAAAAUAAACAGUGUAGGUCUUCCAUGAGCAGUGAUUGACUAUUUAGCUUACUAUUUUUCCCCCCAGUUCAAUGAUCUAUAACAACAGAGCAAAGUCUAUGCUCAUUUUCAGACUGGAAUCAUUAAGCAGUUUCAUGUAAGGAUUCUGAAAUAGUACAUUACAACUUUGAAAAUUUAGGGCUGAUGGAAAAAAACAGCCCUAAAUGAUAACUUUUUACAGUAUUAUAUAAAGCUCUGAGAACUGAAAGAGUAAGUUUUUUCUUCUUUAUUUUUUUUGGUUGUAAUUCAUUUGCUUAUUUUGUGGGGAGGGGGAGAAUUUGGUAUGGAGUAAAGAAAUACCAAAACUACUUAAACCGAAUGAAACCUCACUUUAUUCUUUCCUCCCUUAUACUGGUAGAUAAAGCAAACUUAAUAAGUAGGCUAUGAAAAGAGUGUCUUUUAAAAAUUGUGUUUUCUAGUGUCUUUCCAAACUUAAGCUACAGUAGCAUUUGUUCAAAGGAUAGAAAAUGUCUAAAAGUUUAGGCUCAAGAUCAAUCUUCACAACCUGAUAUCUUCAGUUUCCAUCAACUGGGCUACAGAUGUUACUUCUUUUAACAAACUGGAAUUUUCAAACAGAUUAUCUGUAUUUAAAGUUAAUGGACCCUGUUAUUUUUCCAAUACUAUUUUUUAAAAGUUGGUACUAUUUACAUAUAAACCUUCAUUCUGAAGUUCAUUGCAUACCUGUCUCAUUCUGACUUUUAUACUGUCUAGAAAAGUAAAGUUUCAAUAUUCACUUUUGAAACUAAAAAUUAUAUUUGAAGUCUGUAUUACCUUUAAUCCACAUCUUGUAUUUUUCUUCAAAAUUCAACCUUUGAAAAUAUAAUAACUGGAUAUUUCUUCAAACAGAUGGCCUGGAUGAUGUUCCAUAAAUAUAACAAAGAAUUAGUUAAAACUCAUGGGCAGUUUUUCCAGCAAAACCUGUACUUUGUGUCUUGGCUAAAUAUUCAAGGGAUAAUACAGCCUGUUGUUUAGUGUCUCCUUCCUAAAGAGCACUUUUGUAUUGUAAUUUAUUUUUUAUUAUGCCUUAAACGCUAUGUAAAUAAACCUUCAGUAAUAAAGAAUUAUCAAUUA